UUCCAGUCGUUUGCAGGCAACGAGUAGAUCUCCGACUUUGCAUCGAUCGGAAGCAAACGGCAAAUGUUCUUUUUUUAAUAACAAGAUUGUUCCAAGUUCUUUCUCUUUGUAUCUUUAAAACAGUUUUAACAGUCUUGCUCUCGUGUAUUAUGUAGUAGGGUUUUCAUGCUACACCUAAACCCUGAGGACAGAGAGGACACCAAAGAAAGCGAACAGCUUAUCCAGGCUGUGUCCGAUGACGAUGACAUUCUUCUCGCUGAGCUUCUUUCCCAAGAGCGAUUUAAGAAAGUCAUCGACAAAAGAAGUGGUUGGGGAAUCCCGGGUACACCUCUCCGAAUGGCAGCAUCCCGAGGUCACCUUAGGUGCUUAGAGGUUCUGCUGGCCAAUGGAGCAGAAGUGGACAGCUUGGACGUAAAGGCUCAGACCCCUCUGUUUACUGCUGUUAGGGGGAAAUACCUCAGCUGUGUCUUAACCCUCCUAAAGGCAGGAGCCAACCCAAAUGGUAGUAUCAACAACAACUGCUCCCCAGUACUGACAGCUGCCAGAGAGGGAGAUGUAGAAAUCUUGAAGGUGCUUCUGCAGCAUGGUGCUGAAGUAAAUGCAAGAUCUAAAGUUGUACUAUGGGAUUCCAGUGCAUCCAUCUCAAGUGGGCCUCUCUAUCUGUCCGCGGUUUAUGGACAUUUGGAUUGUUUCAAGAUUCUGCUUCUACAUGGGGCUGAUCCUGAUUACAAUUGCACCGAUGAGAAGCUCUUCAGAAGGAUCAAACAGCCCAAGACAGUUCUUGAGAUGUGUCUCAGACAUGGUUGUGGGGUUGAGUACGUUAAGCUCUUGAUAGACUUUGGAGCAAAUGUGUACAUUCCCACUCUCAUCAUAGAGAAAACUACAAAGCAGAACGAAGCCGUGGAACUCUUAUUGAAGGAAAGAGGCUGUCCAAAAUCCCUGAUGUCACAGUGCAGAAUUGCUAUACGAGCUUACUUGAGGAAGAUCAACAGGAUGGAUUGCAUUGACUGCCUGGAUAUGCCACCAAUUCUAAUGAACUUUUUAAAGUACAGGGAAAUGCCAACAAGAAGUGUAACAUUUUGAUUAACGUUAUUGCUGAUAUAGCAGACUGUGCCUUGUACAUAAUACAAUAAAGGUAUGACUUGUAAAAGGUUGACAAUGCACAUAUUUAAUGUUGGAAA